GAUAUUGAAAAGAAUGGCGGUCGAAAACACUGCUGCGCUAAUCUUAGCCACAGUGUUUGCGGCAGUUUACAGAUGUUAGCCCAGACAAGUCUUCAACUAAUCAAAGAAUUGAAACGUUCACAACAAAGUAAACUACCUGCAUACAAUGAAGAUAAAAUUCGUGUCUGUCUUGAAGAAAUGCGAACUUUAUAUGAUGCAAAUUAUCGUGAUGUAGCUCUUGUGUCUAGUUCCGCAUCUGAAGCCUCAUCAUCAUCACUAUUGUCUGGAACAGAAGAUCAUAGUAAUAAAAUUCAAUCUGUUCUCGUUCGACACGCUGUUCUGGAACGGAAUAAACGUUGUCUUCUCGCCUAUCAUCAUGCUAGAUUAAUGCGAAUUGCUGAAUUACGUUGGGAGUAUGGUAUUAUUUUACCUAAAGAGAAGAUGAAAUGGGUGCACGAGGAUGAGGUUCCUCUCUAUAUGAUACCAUUUAACUGACACGGGAUAGUCCACAGAAGUGCAUCGGUUUAAACUGCCGCACAUUUCAUAACAGUAUGAAGAGAACAAGUAAAUAUCAAUGCAGAUAAAUAUGUUUGAAAGGUGAAUGUUUCUGAAGACGUUAAAGAGUGAGUACAUCUGGACCAUUUUGACUGAUUUUCAGGUAUAUCCUGUCUUCUCGAGUAUUGCUAUCAACUAGUCUACACAUCUUUACUCGACUAAGGUAAACAGUCAAAAACUUCAUUGACUAAUCCCAUCAUUCUUGCCUUGGAUACUUUAACAUUCAGGUGGACGGUGGCCACCAUGAAAAUUCUCAAUGUCAUGCAACAACUUUUCUAUCUUGCCUAGUAUUCUUCACCUAAAAUUCAAACUACUCACACAAUUAUUCUAUUAUACGUGAACAAUGCUGCCAAGAUACGUGUUUUCGAAAAUGGGUAAUCUCUUCAUAUGUUUCACUGAGUAUAUCUGACAGAUCGAAUUGCUGUUGUUGUUGCCAGCUGUCAGCAAAGAUAACAUAAGUAAAUAGGUGACAAAUGAACUUUUCGUAUACAUUGAUCGGUCAUGUUUUUUAGUCCUGUUGAUUUCUGACCGAAUCUUCUAUCGAUCAUUUCCUCGUAAUGUGACCACCUAGCUAGAAGGCUCUCCAUCUUGGUGGUGCACUUAGAUAGAUAUCAGAUGGUUGGUUGAUACCUUAAGCAAAGGGGACAUCUAACUACACAGAGGUUGACUUCAUUACAGGAGGAUUUUCUUAAGACCUAGAAUAUGCAGAUGAUUUAGUCGUGUUAAGUGAAGACGUUGACAAGAUGCAGAGUUUUAUGGACAUUUUGAGUGGGAAUUUAAGAAUGUUUAGGAUGCAGUUCUCACUACACAAAUGCAAAUUGUUGCUCCAGGAUUGGUCUUCAGUGAUGCCAUGGCUAACAAUAGAGAGUGUAGUGAUUGAAUGUGUCGACCAGUUCACUUACUUGGGAGGUAGGAUCAGCCCUAGUGGCUCAGUAGCUGAUGAAAUCCGCACGAAUACAUGAGGCUGGCUGGAUUUCGCCAACUUACGCCGCCGUGAUAUUCGAUUGUCUAUUAAGGGUUGCGUCUACUACACAGCAGUGCGGUCUGUUCUACUGUAUGGUUGUGAAACAUGACCAUUGAAAGUGAAAGGCAUGAGAAGGCUUCAAGUGUCUGACCACCGUUACCUUCGUAAUAUAGGUCAUAUUCCUCGGUAUCACCGCGGGAGCAAUGCAGAAGCCUGAUAUAGACUUUUAGGGAGAAGAGGUAAGUCAGUUAACACGGUUGUAUACCUUCCUUGACUGAGACGGUUGGCUCCGACAUGUGUUACGUAUGUCUAGUCGCCGAUUGCCUUGUCACAAUGAUGACCGAAGUAGCUUCAGGCUGGAAAAGGCCCGAGGUGGCCAGACUGAAACAUGGCACCAAUGUAUGAAGUCUCUGACUGUUGGCUUGAGCCAUGUGGGGCUAUGUAGAUUAGGUGGUUGGCGUCCGCGGGACAAGAGAAACCAUUGGUUGGAGACUCUAGGUAGUGGUAUGGCUGAGAACCGAAGUCAAUGGCGCAGACGUAUACACAUGUUAUCCUCAUCUUCAUCUUCUACUUCACUGCCUUUUUACUUGAUGAUGAGAUGCGUCAACUCGGACCAUAACGCAGUAAUGCCUGGCCUUACGCUAAUUUAGAUGGAUCGAUGGACACCACUUCUAUGCGUGCAUAUUCAACACAUUGAUGAUUGAAACUUGCUAAUUGGUGAUUGUAGGAUGUCUUCUCAUUAACACUCACCGCUUCAAAAUGAUAUCACCCAAAUUUUAAUGGUAACAGAGGUCUAGAGAUGCGUGUUCAGAUAUAUUCGGAUUGACUAAUCAUGUUGUAUAGUCAAUGAAUAUCUUGAUACAAGGUUUGUAUAGAUGCCAGCAGCAAAUUUUAGGUUUAUCAUUCAAGGAACUGAUGAAGUAACCUUCCUAAGUGACUAGUGCCAAACUACAGUCGCAUUCAACAUAUUAGUGUCACUUAGACUUUUAUCAUUGAAGACCAGAGGAAUAGUUGCCUUACUGAUAGAUGCUACAUUGAAUUGGUAGUCCAGCUUGUACAUCAGAAUGACCCGGCGAGCUAUACUGAUGAUUAAGCCCUUGUUCCCUUGAGGUCCUAAUAUGUCAGAAAGGUCUGUUGAAUAGUGCUUAGAUGAAAACCAGUUAUCUUUAUAGCGAAAAAUCCUACACCAUAAUGCGGGGCCUGAGGACGAAAUGGUACUGAUGAAUGGACAGGGGAGGGCUGAUAGCAGUGAAGGGUGUUUCCUUUGGAUGACUAGUAGUGCUAGGCUGAUGGUACCUUCCCUUAGAGAAUGAGAGGGGCUAGAAAAAGUCGACUCGUAAACUAGCACAAUACACCAUGCUCCACGGUCUUCCGGCGUUAAGUACCUCAAGAAGAACUAGCACCUGGGAAGUCUUAAUUGCCUGCAUGGUUCCAGAGAAAUAUAUACAAUUCGUGGUGAGAACUACUCAUAUCACUCAGUAGUAUAAAGCGUGCAGCUUCACACUCAAUUGUGACGUUAAGUAAAUCAUUUCAGUGAGAUUUUGCGCGAUUCUACUGGGUGGUUUAAACAAUUCGGCCUCCUGAACUGAACCAUUCCACGUAUACCACUGAUGAGUUCGAACUGAAAGGAGAGAAAAUGACCGUCCGGUGUUGACAACAUUUUCAUCCGGCUAAUGAGAACUGCAAUUACUCAUGUCAGUCAGUGGUGUAUUAAUUGCAGAUCAGAUCGAUUGGUUUACUGGAUGACGUUUCGAACACAAACUAGCACCCAUAAUCACAUCAUCUUAACUUGACUUUUAAUAUUCCUACUUCCUCUUCUUUGAUUUUGUUUGUAGAAAGAUUCCUCAUGUAUCCGUUGUAUUGCACACGUUUCAUGUUGUUUCGAUGUAAAGAAAAAGGGUUUCACUUAUCUCCUUUGCCACUUAAUUAGUUUAUCCCACUCGACAGUGUGCGAUUGAAUGUCUAGUAAUGAGUGAAUUCUUCUCCAGAUUCCUUGUCUGUCAUUCUAAAGCUGAUGUAUUCAAGUAGACUGAUUUUUAUCUGUUUAUUUAUCUAUUGUACUCCUUAUCUCAGUCAUUUAUUCCUUUAAAUAAUAUGACCAAUGACAACAUUUAUCUGAUAAAAUUCAUAUUUCCUACUUUUCCACUGAUUAUAAAAACUGUAUAAUUAUUA